UUGGACGGGCGGCCGCGAGAUCGUCUCUGUGCCCACGUACUUCACAAUGGUAGGCGAUGGCAAUGUUUCAGCGUGGUUUUGUGCUGGACUUGUUGCGUUGUAGCGACACGUGUGGGUGUUGCAGCUGAAGUCUGUCAGAGCAAUCACAGAAGCUUUGAUUUGCUGUAUGCAUGAUACACAAGUUCUCAAACAAGGGACUGAUGUACGAGUGGAUGGGGUGAAAAGAUGGAUAGGACUUGCAAAAGAGAAAAUAGCUUCCCACACAAAGUUAAAUGGAUUAUCGUUCAAGAGUUGAAAGCUCCUGAUGGGUUCUUAUGAUGGUUUUUGUGUGGAUGUCUCUCUGGAAAACAAACCAAAACAUGACAAUCGUUAAACAACACGCGAUGCGAAUAGCCAAUUGUGGGUAUUUAUGGUAUUUGUCAACCAAUGGUUAAUAAUUCAAAGGUUAUACUGUUUUUGAAAGUGAAUCUGUGAACGACACCUGCUUUGAAAUGGUCUCAAAUUAUGUAAUCAACGGGUCCAGGUUCCACAUUGUAGCAACUGUACUGAUAAACGACUCCACGAAAGUAUCACCGGGUGCUGCAAGUGGGGAUGUGUGGACAAACACGAGCACCUUUGACGUGGAGGAGUUCUUGGUGGAGAGCUUUGGCGAAAGACGAAAGGAUUUGGCAUCUGUGAUAACGCUCACUAUCGUAUACAGUGUGAUCUUCCUGACAGGGGUGAUUGGGAAUAUGUCCACAUGCAUCGUCAUCACAAAGAACUCCUAUCUCCACUCGGCCACAAACUACUACCUGUUCAGCCUGGCUGUGUCGGAUAUGCUCACGCUUCUUCUAGGUCUUCCGCCGGAACUUUACAGUAUUUGGGAAGCGUAUCCAUGGCGAUUCGGGGAAGUGUUUUGCAUUUUCAAAUCUUUCCUUUCUGAAAUGACAUCCUACGCUUCAGUGUUGACGAUAACUGCCUUCACAGUGGAAAGAUACGUAGCAAUCUGUCAUCCGAUCAAAGCUCAAACACUAUCCAACCUCUCCCGUGCAAUCCGGAUAAUAGUGAUAAUAUGGAUAGUAGCCUGUGCCAGUGCCAUGCCGUACCCAAUCCACACCCGAGUGUUCUACUAUCUCAAGUUCCCCAACACAACCAAACCAAUAGAGGACUCAAAACAGUGCAACAUUCCACUGGCCUGGAUUGAUGUGAUGAAGCACAUGUUUCAAGUGUCUUUCUUUGUGUUCUUCGUGCUGCCUAUGGGCAUCAUAAGCAUCAUGUAUAUUCUGAUAGGGAUCACCCUCAAGAAGUCGCAGUUUGGAGGAUCUGCUGAAGUUGGCUUUAAGAACUCGGCUAAGGCCACGGCCAGGAAAGCUGUCAUCAAGAUGUUAGUUGCUGUUGUUGUUGCGUUCUUCGUCUGCUGGGCGCCUUUCCACUCUCAACGCCUGAUGACGUCAUACUUGUCACGUGAUCAAUGGACAUUUGAGCUCCUGGACUUUCAGAGUCAUUUAUUCUACAUAUCUGGCGUGCUAUAUUUCUUCAACUCGACUGUGAAUCCUCUCCUUUACAACAUGAUGUCCCGCAAGUUCCGGCGGGCAUUCAAAAGGACCUUGUGCAGGUGCUGCUUCAGCAGGGAGGAACUAGCAGAGCUGAAAGGAACUUCCAGAUCGGUGCUAUACUCGGAGCGAACGCAGUGUGUCAGCAGGUUCAAGGACAGUUCUCCCAUCCACAUGAAAAACAUAAACGGGACCUUACAAAGAACGAAGUCGGGGAAUAUUUUAACCCCCGGGCCUUCUCCACAUGCCGUGAGGCUUCUACUGAAUGGGUACACACAGGACCGCAGGCCACAGAGUAUGGUUCAAAAUGGCCGACGUGUUGUGUCAUCGGUCGCCGGGCCUCCACCACUGAGCCCGUCAAUUCCACCUUCUCCAAACAUUUCCCCUGCGGCAAGUGUGGGUAGUUUUGAUGGGGUAGAAAUGGAGUGUCGUAAAUUGGAUGAAGACAGUCGGUCGGUAUCGCGGUCUGGUUCAUCGUCUGUGGCGUUACUGGUUCGAUGCACUAACGUCAAACAGAGAGACACUACUUUUGUGUAAGGCUGGGUCUCGGGAACAGUUUGUACUGUCGCCAUGGGAGGAAGGGCACAACAUAAUUUGUGCAUAGUGAGUGCGUGAAUUAGUUGAGUUUAACGCCGCUUUGAACAGUAUUCAAGUUUUCCAGUUAUAACACGGCGUGUCAGCUAAAUGUGGUAGGAAAGCCAAAAAAGAUCCAGGUCUAAGACGUUCACACCUUUGAAGAAACCCAGCAGUACGGGUAUGGUGCUGACAAAACUAGAAACAUAUUCGGGGCAAACCCGGAUUCGAACUCAUCGUAAAAUUUCGGCGUACCAAAGGGACGCAACUCUGCACAAAGACUUGUGGCGCCUUAGACGCCUGGGCCAAUUUGUGGCAUGAGAGCAAGUGUGUUGUGGUAAACGCCGCUUUUAUCAGUGUUUCCGUCAUAUCACGGCGUAUUACUUUGAUGUUGGAGAAGGGCCCGUAGUCAUGCAGAUCGUAGACGUUUACAACGUUGGUGCUGACAAACCAGGGACGUUAAUCGGACUGAAUCAUGUCUUCGAGCCAAAGGUCAGCGAAUACUGAUAUGGAUAAUGUAUGCAGCUCCUAUUAGCGACUCACGGCGCGGUUAGCGACCAGGCCGCCUGUGCUCUCUGUUACAGAGUGAAGUCUUGAGACUCGCCUCACGAAACAUUUGUUUGCUCAACGCAACAUAUUCACAUCUUAAUUACAUGCUGCUUCAGUAUUCGUUUAAUCAUAUCAUAACUAUAUGUAAGUUGCCAUCCUUCGCUUCUUCUAACUCUCUUAUAUAUACUCGACUUCUACGACAUUGUACUUUUCAUGUAUGGUGAGUGUCCUGUACUUUUAAGGCUGUAUUUACAGUAUCGUUAUUGUAUGAAUACGCGUUGCUGGACAUUAAGUGUUCAAAACAUUCCUUGUUCUAUUUGGUGUAUCAUGAUCAUUAUUUAUGCUUUCAUAAGAAAUUUUAACAGUUAUUCCCUCGGAAAGAAGAAAUCAAUCUCAGGAAGAUGAUCAUUGAUCUGGAAACGUCACAUGUUCGAACAUGUAUGUAUUUUUCAGGCCGCAUCCUUUAUCUAACUUGGACGUUAAACUGUGUUAUAUUGUACACUGGUGAGCGUUAACUUGCUGCUCAGUA